CUCUCUCCUUCCUUAGCGCGGCGGCGGGCUCUGAGCAGCGGAGCACGCGCCUCUGCGCCGGCGACCAAUAAUUCAAGCGGCGUGUCCAAACGCGCCGAGUUGUGCGUGCGUGCGUGUGGGUCUGCUCCGCUGCGGCUUCUGUGCGGUCUCUCCCUGCCCGCAUUUCGUGCGCGUCGGAGCACUGCCAGCCUGCGACACAGACACACACCCUUCAACACCGGCGUAAUCGGCCCCGUCGCCGUGCGAACCCCAACACCAACCAGUUCAGGCGAGCAAGAACACCGCCGGAUACGCAGAGUUUCCAACCAAGCGAGCACCGAGCGAGCCGGGGCUGUAGCCGCGGCCAUCGCUGCCGCUGUACGCAGCAGCUGCGGAGCACCGGAGAACCGCCGCUGCGGCUAACCGUAAGCCAGGAGUAAUCGGAGCAGGCCAUGACGUCGUCGUCGGCGGCGGGCGGAGGAGGCCUGCCCCCGGCGCGGGGCCUGUACGACCCCGGGCAGGAGCGCGAGUCGUGCGGCGUCGGUUUCAUCGUCAGCAUCGAGGGCACACCCUCGCACAAGAUCAUCCAAGAUGCGGAGACCAUGUCUCGGCGCAUGGAGCACCGUGGUGCCUGUGCCUGCGACAACAACACGGGUGAUGGAGCCGGCGUCAUGAUGGCCGUCCCCGACAAGUUCUACCGCAAGAGGCUCAGGGAGGAGCUGAACAUAGUGCUGCCUCCGGCAGGGCACUAUGCCACGGGUGUCUGCUUCCUGGAACAAAUGACAGCUCCUGAAGCAGAGAGGAGGUUCGAGGAAGAGGCCCUGGCCAACAACCUUAAGGUUCUCUGCUGGAGGACCCUGCCCACAGAUGACGGAACCCUGGGCUCGGUGGCCCGUUCCACAGAGCCCUACAUGCGCCAGGUAUUUGUGGUGCCCACCGGUGGACAGGCAGGCAACGAUUUCAAGCGAGACGUGUUUGUCCUCCGGAAAGUCACCUCCCACAAGAUCCCCAGUGAUAAGCUGCGCUACUAUAUCUGCAGCCUGUCACCGGACACUAUCGUAUACAAGGGUCAGCUGACAACCACCCAGUUGUGGCGUUACUUCUUGGACCUCCAGGACCCCCAGUGUGAGACGUACUUGGCCCUCGUCCACGCCCGCUUCUCGACAAACACCUUUCCCAGCUGGGAGAGGGCCCACCCGCUGCGGCUCUUGGCUCACAAUGGAGAGAUCAACACGCUCCGGGGCAACGUGAACCUGAUGCACGCCCGUGAGGGUGUUAUGCACACGUCCAUUUUCGGGGACCGGCUCCGAGAGCUGUACCCUGUGGUCGAGCCCAACCUGUCCGACUCUGGCAGUGUGGACACAGUGCUCGAGUUCCUUGUCAUGGCUGGCCAACGCACUCUUCCUGAGGCGGUUAUGACUAUGGUGCCCGAGGCGUGGCAAAACAAUGAGCAGAUGAACAUUGAGAAGCGGCAGUUCUACCAAUGGAGUGGCUGCGCUAUGGAACCCUGGGAUGGUCCAGCAUUGCUGACCUUCUCGGAUGGCCGUUACAUUGGGGCCAUCCUUGACCGAAACGGACUGCGGCCAUCGCGCUACUACAUCACAAAGGACAACUACAUGGUGAUGGCAAGUGAAGUAGGUGUGCUCGACAUUCCGUCUGAGAUGAUUGUGCAGAAGGGUCGUCUGCGGCCUGGACGCAUGCUGCUUGUAGACACCCUGGAGAAGAACGUCACCAAGGAUGAGGAACUGAAGUUGCAGAUUGCCCGCCAGAGGCCUCUGGGUGAUUGGCUUAAAGAAAUGUUCACUUUGGCGGACUUGCAUGAAGCAGCGGGUCCCGUUCACGUGCCGGGAUUGCGUCGCCAGGACACGAGCACCUUUGCCAAGAGUAGCAAGGUGUUCCAAGACUUGAGACUGCCCCUGUUUGGUUAUUCUCCGGAGACCAUCAACCUCCUGCUGCUUCCCAUGGUCCAGACUGAGAAGGAAGCCCUUGGUUCCAUGGGUAACGAUGCUGCACUGGCGUGCUUGUCACUGUGCCAGCCACUCAUCUACGACUACUUCAAGCAGCUAUUUGCCCAAGUCACCAACCCACCCAUUGAUCCGUUUCGAGAGAAGAUCGUCAUGUCUCUGGCCUGCCCAAUUGGACCAGAGGCCAACAUUUUGGAGCCGAGCCCAGCCCAGUGCCGGCGCUUGUGGCUUGAGCAGCCGAUCCUCUCCCUGCGUGACAUGGAGGUCAUCAAAGAGACCACAUACAAAGGGUGGAGGACAAAGGAGAUCGACAUUGUGUUCUCUGCAAGCGAAGGAGGCGCAGGCCUCCUGAAUGCCAUCAGGCGCAUCUGCGACGAGGCCUGCACAGCUGCAAAGUAUGGCUACACACUCAUCGUCCUCUCAGACCGGAAGGCUGGCAAGGACUUCAUACCUGUCAGUGCGGCCAUGGCACUGGGUGCUGUCCACCAUCACCUCAUCACCAUGCGGCAGCGCAUGAAGUGCGGCCUCAUUGUGGAGACCGGGGAGGCCAGGGAAGUGCACCACAUGUGCGUGCUGCUGGGCUACGGUGCCGAUGCCAUCUGCCCAUACCUCGUGUUCGAGAUGGUUGCCACGCUGCGCUCGGAUGGCCUCUUGAACCCACCCCUUUCAGACGAGCAGGUCUUCAAGAACUAUGUGGCUGCUAUGGAACGGGGAAUUUCCAAGGUGAUGGCCAAGAUGGGCAUCUCAACAUUACACAGCUACAAAGGGGCGCAGAUCUUUGAGGCCGUGGGCCUUGCCCAAGAAGUGAUCGAUGUCUGCUUCCGCAACACCGCCUCCCGCAUAGGUGGCGCCACAUUUGAUGUGCUGGCUCGGGAGUUGGUCCAGCGUCACGACUUGGCCUAUUUGGGUCGCGAGUUUGACAACCUGGUACUCCGCAAUUCUGGCUUCUACCACUGGCGUAACGGCGGCGAGAGCCACGUCAACGACCCGCUCAGCGUAUCCACCCUGCAGGAAGCUGCCACAUCCAACAGCAAGGAUUCAUGGAAUCGCUACAUUGAAAGUGCUAUGAAGAGCAUUCGACAGUGCACACUCCGUGGACAGUUUGAGUUUAACUAUGCCAGUACUCCUCUCGACAUUUCACAGGUUGAGCCUGCCAAGGAGAUUGUCAAGCGCUUUGUGACAGGCGCCAUGAGCUUUGGCAGCAUCUCCAUUGAGGCACACACUACGCUGGCCAUUGCCAUGAACCGUGCAGGUGGCAAGUCCAAUACGGGUGAGGGCGGUGAAAAUGCCGAACGCUGGGCACUCCAGCACCCAGACAACAACAAGCGCUCUGCCAUCAAGCAAGUUGCUUCGGGGAGGUUUGGCGUGACAGCUGCCUACCUGGCCAACAGUGAUGAGCUUCAGAUCAAGAUGGCUCAGGGAGCCAAGCCAGGGGAGGGCGGUGAGCUGCCUGGAUACAAGGUGAGCAAGGACAUUGCCAAGACCCGGCACUCCGUUCCCGGUGUGGGCCUCAUCAGCCCUCCACCUCACCACGACAUCUAUUCCAUUGAGGACCUGGCUGAGCUGAUCUACGACCUCAAGUGCUCAAACCCCAGUGCUCGCGUCUCUGUCAAACUGGUGUCCGAAGUUGGCGUGGGAGUGGUCGCUUCUGGUGUGGCCAAGGGCAAGGCAGAGCACAUCACCAUCUCAGGCCACGACGGAGGCACGGGAGCGAGCAGUUGGACGGGCAUCAAGGGUGCGGGCCUGCCCUGGGAGCUGGGCAUUGCCGAGACUCACCAGACGUUGGUGCAGAAUGACUUGCGCUCGCGCAUUGUUCUGCAGGCUGACGGGCAGAUACGCACAGGUUUUGAUGUGAUGGUGGCUGCCAUCUUGGGUGCGGACGAGUUCGGCUUCUCGACUGCACCACUAAUCGUCAUGGGCUGCACCAUGAUGCGCAAGUGCCACCUGAACACCUGCCCCGUUGGCAUAGCCACACAGGACCCUGAGCUCCGGAAGAAGUUUGAAGGGAAGCCAGAGCAUGUGGUCAACUUCCUCUUUCUCCUAGCCGAGGAGGUGCGAGAAUAUCUGGCCAAGCUUGGCUUGCACAGCCUGCAGGAGGCUGUCGGCCGCACUGACCUCCUGCGUGCUGCCCCCUUCGAGGGCAACCCCAAGGCCAAGCUCCUCAACCUCGACACCAUUCUCCUCAAUGCAUUGAGCCUCAGACCUGGAACCAACAUUCGUGGGGGCAGCAUUGCACAGGACUUUGAGCUUGGCAAGCGCAUGGACAACUUGCUCAUCAAGCAGUCCAAGGCAGUGCUCGAGGGUCGAUCCAAGGAGGUCACCCUGCACAUGGACAUCACCAAUGAAGACCGAGCGUUUGCCACCACGCUGAGCUACCACAUCGCCAAGAAGUAUGACGAGGAGGGCCUGCCUGAGGGAUCUCGCAUCAGCGUGUUUCUCAAGGGCUCCGCGGGACAGAGCUUCUGCGCCUUCUUAUCGCGGGGGGUCUACGUGACCUUGGAAGGCGAUGCCAAUGACUAUGUUGGGAAGGGGCUGUCAGGAGGUGAGCUGGUGAUAUUCCCGCCCAAAGACCUGCCGCCCGAAUUCAAGUCUGAGGAGAACGUGAUCGUCGGCAAUGUGUGCCUCUAUGGUGCCACGUCGGGCCGGGCGUUCUUCCGUGGCGUUGCGGCUGAACGCUUCUGCGUGCGCAACUCAGGCGCCACUGCAGUCAUUGAGGGCGUGGGGGACCAUGGUUGUGAGUACAUGACUGGUGGCCUGACCGUCAUCCUUGGGCCUACAGGCAGGAACUUUGCCGCUGGCAUGUCUGGUGGCAUCGCCUACGUUCUUGACGUGGAUGGCACGUUCCGGAACAAGUGCAACGCCAUCAUGGUAGACCUGUUGCCACUGGAACUGGCCGAGGAUCUGGACCAGGUGGAAUCCCUGAUCCGAGAGUUCUAUGACCUGACGGGCUCCGCAGUCGCGGCCUCGCUCCUCUCCAAGUGGCCUGACUCGGCCAAACUUUUUAUCAAGGUGUUCCCGAAGGAGUACCAGCGGGCGCUGAAGCAGAUAGCAGAGGAGAAGGCGGCGCUCUCGAUGCAGAACGACCGAGUUGCUCCGCCCGCGCCCGCCCCUGCAGUGACGGAGAAAGUGAGCGACAUCGAGGAGGUGGUGGCAGAUGGUGACGCUAAGAAGAAGCAGCUGGAGAACCUUGACAAAAUCCGGGGCUUCAUGAAGUACAAGCGUGAGACGGAGCCAUAUCGGCCAGCAAUGCAGCGUAUGCAGGACUGGAAGGAGAUCUACAAUCGGCAAGGAGUCCGCAAGAACAUCCGCGUACAGGCUGCCAGGUGCAUGGACUGUGGGGUUCCAUUCUGCCAGUCAUCUCAUGGCUGCCCUCUGGGCAACAUCAUCCCCAAGUGGAACGACCUCGUCUUUCGGCAAGACUGGAAGGAGGCCCUGGCCCAACUGCUGCAAACAAACAACUUCCCAGAGUUCACUGGCCGAGUCUGUCCAGCUCCGUGCGAGGGAUCCUGUGUGCUUGGCAUAAAUGAGCCAGCAGUGACCAUCAAGAACAUUGAGUGUGCCAUCAUCGACCAUGCCUUCGAGCAAGGCUGGAUUCAUGCUGAUCCACCAUCGCAGCGUACAGGCAAGAAAGUUGCCAUUGUGGGUGGUGGACCAGCCGGUUUGGCCGCAGCUGCUCAACUUAACAAGGCUGGUCACGAGAUCACUGUCUUUGAGAGGAAUGACCGUGUCGGUGGCCUGUUGCAGUACGGCAUACCUACCAUGAAACUGGGAAAAGACGUGGUGAAGAGGCGUGUUGACCUGAUGGCCGAGGAAGGCAUCACGUUCAAAACCUCAACAGACGUGGGCAAGGACGUGGCCAGCGGAGACCUGAUGUCCCAGUUUGAUGCCCUGCUCCUAACCACGGGAUCAACAUGGCCACGUGAUCUCCCCAUCCCUGGCCGCCACCUGGAGGGCAUCCACUUUGCCAUGAGCUUCCUGGAGACUUGGCAGAAGAAGCAGAUGGGUAACGACAUCGACCACCUGCCGCUGUCAGCCCGCAACAAGGACGUCAUUGUCAUCGGUGGUGGGGACACCGGUGUGGACUGCAUCGCCACCUCACUGCGACAGGGUGCGCGGAGCAUUGUGACCUUCGAGAUCCUGCCGCAGCCCCCUCCACAGCGUGGAGAGGGCAACCCGUGGCCCCAGUGGCCUCGCAUCAUGCGCGUGGACUAUGGUCAUGAGGAGGUCCGCCUCAAGUAUGGCCAGGACCCACGACACUACAGCAUCCUCAGCAAGGAAUUCCUGGACAAUGGUCAGGGCCACGUUUCGGGCAUCCGGACAGUGCAGGUCAAGUGGACCAAGGAUGCCACGGGCCGCUGGAACAUGGAGGAGCUGCCAGACACUUCCAAAGUCUUUAAGGCUGACUUGGUGCUACUUGCCAUGGGGUUCCUGGGUCCCGAAAAAUACCUCAUCGACGAGCUGAGCCUGGAGCAAGACCCGCGGUGCAACAUUCGCACCUCGGCCAACUCGUACCGCACGUCGGUGCCACGGGUCUAUGCCGCCGGGGACUGCCGCCGAGGCCAGUCUCUUGUGGUGCACGCCAUCAACGAGGGCCGCCAAGCUGCCCGGCAAAUUGACCUAGACCUCGCCGGGAAGAGCCUGCUUGCGGGUCCCGGAGGCAUCAUUCCUUUCACGUACGAGCUCGCCUUCGGCUCGUAAACAGCCACGUCCGGGGCUGCAGUAGUUGCUCGGACUGUUGUACGUUUUCGUUCCGCGGUUUACCUGCCUGGGUUUUCUGCCAAGAGUAGGUAGUGUGUGCGCCCUCGAGCGCCCUCAAGAGACCCACGCUGCGUGUGAGGAUGCUGACUGAGGCCAAGACUCCCUUCUCGUGCAAGCUCUUGGCGUCGGCAGCUAAGCAGCGACCUCCGCCGUGUCUCCAGCUGUGGCUUGUACUGUCGUACGUUUUCGUUCUGCAGUUUGCAUUGGGAAUGCCACUGAAGCGUAAGUAGUGCUUGCGGGCAAAGGUUUGUGAGCACUCUGUUAAUUUACGAUGUCUCAAGAGUGCCAACAGGGGUUGAGAGACAUGGCUUUGGGCGGGCUGCAGCCUCUUCAGUCCCAGAAAGAGCCUUUGUUUGAGGUGCUGGCAUUGCGGGUUCGGUGAAGGCAGUCCAGGCACGUGAGCGCACACGCGCACCACUCCUGCUGGAGCGAGCUGGGGAUUCUGACACUAAAACUGGGGUGCCUACGUAGAGUGUCAUCGCUCUGGUUGCAUCUCGGCAGUGGAAGCAAAGCAGUUCAAAAGCAAAGCGGAAAAAAAAAAAAUUAACUUGUAAAGAGCAAAUAUAAAAAACCUAAGGCCCAGUUUUAAGUUCUCAACACGGUGAUUGCAAACAUUGUGGCAAGUUGUUUUUUUUUUUAGUUUGGUUCUGUUCUCAGUUCCACCAAGCUUAUUGGCUGAUUCGAGAGAUAAAGACGGUGCAAAGGUGAUGCUCGAGCCAGCAACAGAUUGUGUGACAAAGAGGCUAGAAGCAUGUUGCAUCAUCGGGCUCAAGCUACAGGCUGCUUAAACGAACAGAAUGUCCAUUGUGCCAAGCAGGAUAUCCUGAAACAUCUCGGGAGUGCAGUUAACGAUCUUGCGUAGGAUGAUAAAUGGUAGAGUAAAAAGCUCUGAUGUUGAUGCUGGCUUUAGGUGGAUACGGCCUUGCAGGAAUUGAUGGCAGUUGCUUUUUUCCAGUGCUGUUCUUUUUUAAGGCAAUGGCUAAGCACACCCGACAACUGUGCUAUGCUGGCAGAAUAAAUGACGUUAGUGUCUAAUGUCUUACAUUAAAUGCCACGAGUUCUUGUUCUAACUGCUUUGGAAGAAAGGAAGCCCUUGUGUUAGCAAUGGCGCAUCUGUCACUGUCUGCAGUUUGUGUAUCUUGCGCGUGCGUGCCUGGACUUAAUUUCCUGUGAUGUCGCAGCUCUAAACGUGGCAUUGCAGCUGCUGGUAUUAUUUUAUAUUCCUUGUUGUUACUGUUGACGUCUACCGUUGCCGUGUUUUACUUGUGCUUCUGCACAAACACAAAUUGAGAGAUGAAAAUAAAAGAAAAAAAGCACACUGAAAAACUCUUGUGGACAUUUUGACAGCCUGAAUCCAAUUCACUUCUAACAAAACAAUGGCAUGAACUGUUGGAAGGUGCAGUGAAAGCGGUUGCGUUGUUUUGACAUUUGAAUGUAUACCCAGUGAGCGCGUUAUAUCACUGACCGGCUCUGUACUUUUUUCUCGUGCUACAAGAAAGCUUCUAAAAUUUUAAAGCGGAAAAUUUCAGUACUAAACUUUUGUAUGGCAAGGAUUAAUUGCUUUUGUCUGCGUACAGCUAUGCCAUUGCUAUUAAGUUUUAUCUCUUUCUAUUAAGAUCUCUUUCUGUUCUCUUAUCUGGAUGCAUACCCGAAAGUUCGGCAUCAGCUUAGAUUGGGAGGUGGUGUAAUGUCUGAAUUAACAAAGCUACAGAGUGGGGCAUUACUAUAGCAGUUUGUUUUAUCUAAAAUGAUGCCUUAAAUGGCCACCAGUUGGCACAGAUAAAAUUUAUUCCUGUCUACAAUGGUUUGCAAACAAUAUUAGUCUAGAGCGUGAUUUUGAUCAGUGUCUUGGGAGUUGCAUGUUAUGUAUUUAGAAUAAUAAUGAAGCCGUUUCCACAAGUAGUGCAUAUUGUUAUUUUGGUUUGAGAGCUUGUAUCUAGAAAGUUAGUCUGGUCACUUGGAAGUAACACACCAAUCAUCGUGAGGUAACAUGCAUCGUGGUGGUUUCAUAUAACCAAUUGAGCUCUAGACCCUCUAGUUUGGCUAUUGGCACCUGAUAUGGAGCCAAACAGUGAAGAUUGUCAGAAAGUAGGUACAAAAAAAAAAGAAAACCAAAGAAACGUGAGGCACACCAGUGGCAACUAAUGCUAAUUUAAUUUUUUAUCACUCCUCCAAAGAAAUAAUGAUUAGAUAUAUUGUUAAGCACUAUGGCUUAACAUGCUGUAGUUGUGUAAAGCCUAGCCUCAGGCACAUAUAAACAUUGUCACCAAAUUUAUCAGGAGAGCUCCUAUCGCGCUUGCAUCCAAGCUACCAGGAGCCUAAAGGCAGUAGGAGUUCUGCAUCUGUGUAUGUGUCAUCUUUAGCAUGACGCACACAUUGGCUUAACUAUUUUUAAUAGAUGCUGACAAGUGCUGCAACUAGCAACUGGUUGGGCAAUAAACAUGGCACUCAUUUUCGUAGUGGGUGUAACAAGCAUAACUUGUGUUCAUAACAAGCAUAACACAAAACAUGCGGUUAGAGGUCUGCGUAACAAAAUUUAUGCUAUUUCCGUAGCGUAACUCGUAUGCAUACAUACAUACAGCGACUAAAUUAAGAUUUCUUGUAUGCAUGUGUAAAAAGCAUCUCUAUUUUUUUCCCAUGUGCUUGUGUCCUCAUCUAUGUCACAGCACUAACUUCUAUGUACACUCUGUGCCGUUGAAUAACAGCAACCUUUCUCUUUUUGCUUACUUCUUCAACCACUGGGCCCAAACAAUGUGAAGCAAAUUCUAUCGCCAUCUUUGCACAAAGACAGUGUGAUUGAAAGCACAUUGUAAUAGCCAUGAAUGGAGUGCCAGCCUAUUAGCAGAACGUUUUGCAAGGUUUCUCAUUUCGUAAGGUUUCCCAAGGUGACUCAGGAGACUUUUGCUUGCAUGUGCCUGACUGGUUUGAGCUAGUGGGACUGCCCGAAAAAGUCUUAGGAAUUUGCUCAGCCUAACAAUCAUUCAGCAGUCUAUUGUCAGAUUAGCGGGCUUUCACAUUCUUAUGCACGUGCACUUUCAAACCAGCAAACUGUAGUGAUGUCAGAAGCUGGCACUAUAAUGGUGCACCGGAGGAAGGUCCUGUUCGGGCACACUUCUGCUUGCACUUCGGCUAUGGUUUGCUUAAGUCGUGGAGUUUGCCAGUCAUCUGCACCGCAAGAUAGCGGGUCAGACGAGUGAGACGCAAAAGCACGCAAGGUGCACUCGUCUCCUCUUUCAAUCGUCGGGUGGUCUUGCACCGUAGAUUUGAAUAUAGUGGUCGCGCUUUAAUCGAGUGCAUUACACCCCAUAUAUAACUGUGCCUGCCAGAUCACCCAAGCUACCCGGUUAUCACUAGGGGCACUACUCGUGCGGUGUACAGUAAUUCUAGUUUUGCAUAAUAAUGGCCUUUGUCCCUGCUACUGUGAUAGAAUUGGCCAUGGCAAAUGACAAGGAACAGUUGGUGCUCUAGUAACAGAUUAUACGAGUGGUAGCAGCAGGUAACAACUUGCAAAAAAAAAAAGAAGAAAACAUUAUACAGUGAAACCCUACUAUAUUUCAUAUAUUUCUUGCAUGCUGAUAUUAGCAAUAAGCGUUUUAUAUUUACUUCUCUAUAUCCAUAUUUGUUAGAUUGGAGGUCCGGCUAGUAUGUCACUUAAAGUGUGGGUGCAGCUUUUUUUGUUUCUUGCUUUCCCGGUGCAUUUGUUGUUGUCAGUGAGGUUAAACACAAGGUGUAGUGCUAAUGUGGAAGUAGAAGCUUCCAGCGAGCAACCAUGUGCCAGUGGCGCCCCCGGUGGUAACGUAGUGCAGCACGAGCAACAGUGCUUCUCUGCUGCGUCAGGGAUGGCUUGGCAGGCACAGGGCUGUUUAAACAGGGCCACGUCAAGUGUAACCGUAUUACAUAUCGUUUGUUGUCAUUGUUGCUGUUAUACUGUCGUUAAAAGGCUGUUGGCCACCCCCUGUGAUGCUAUAGCUGUGGCACCACAUAGUUUCGCCGUCUGGCUUGUACCAUGUUGUGACCUGUGCCCACUUGUUAGCCGCUUGCCAGCAAUACUACUCACAGCAGCAGCAGCAGCAGCAGCAAUGCAUGUCAUGUGGCCGGUACGUUUUGAGUCUUUCAUAAUGUGGUGCUCCUUGGGCUUCCGCUUCGUCUCUUCUUUUGUUUUUUUUCUCUGUCUCCUAGAUGUUGGGAGAAAUGUUGCACUUUCCACGUACAGUUUUGGGCCAGAUUCGUGGGCUUGGUGUCACUUCUGCUACGAUCUAUGGCCCAGGUGGUCGUUCGUUGCGGUAGAACUGCCAGGAAUAGUGGAGGGGAAAAAAAAAAAAAGUCGCAGCAAGUUGAGAACAAUCUUUAGUGUAAGACCGCUUCACAGGGCAGUGGUAAGGGCUGAUGACACAUAUGUGUUGUUUUUGUGUGUUUGAACGUUCACGAUAGCUAUUGAUUCCUGGUCCUAAUGCUGUUCGUAAGAGGCAGUCUCUCUGGGGAGAGCUCGUGGCAAAGCAUCUGUUCUUGCUGGCAACCUGGCAUCUAACCUGCCCAGGCAGCCUGGCAGCUUGAGCUACAUUGCAUUAUUUUGUCACACUCGGCAACAGUGGACCCACAAACCAGUGUGCCCACUGUUGCCGAGUGUUCGCUGCACUGGCAUUGCUCUGUGAAACAUUGCAUAAUUAAGACAGGCAGGCAUGAACAGUCCUACCUGCUGAGUCGGCGCCUCAAUCACAUUGGUAGUUUGCAUGGAGGCAGCAUGUUGCAGUGCAUUUUGUUUAAUCCAUUGCUUUGGGGCAGCACUAGCCUGUCUUGUUGAGAAUAAAUCAUGAGGACUUGUUGUCCGGGCAGAUGCUGUGCUUUGUCCAAACAAUGGCAGAUGGCACCACCGUUUCUUUAACUGAGGUAAUUUUUCGGUCGCCUGCAUCACCACAGAGAUGUGUAGCUGCAAUUCAUUCUAGAUGAAUUAAGUAUUGCCUUCAGACAAGGUAUUGAACAAAAGAACGCAACAAAAUUCUACUUCCAUGUUGAAAUUGGAUGCAUAUAGGCCAGUUAUUUAGCUGACAAGAGUGACUUAUAUGUGUAUCUCUUAUUUAUACAACCGUCUGUGUGUAGGUGCAAAGAUGUGCCAGACGUUGUGUGACCUUCCAGUUUGGUUCGUUGGCCAAUAAAAACAAACAAAGAUAACAGGCUCGUAUUGAAAUAUAAAAGGGUGAUCUUGCACCAUGUAGCAUAUGAGGAUACAGUAUGUUGCCCAGUGACACCUGCAGCACUUAUUAACACUCUAUAUUACACAGCUCCGAACUGCCACUGAGCUCUCCCCAAAGGGGUCCAGGAUGAGUUACGUGGCCGUGUCAUGCAGGUGCAUGCUUGUCAUCAUUUUGGGUGAUCCGUUGAACGUGUACUUAACGACGUGUGUACUUUUGUGACAUAUAGUGAAUGUUAUUCCUUGUCCUGAACGUCACAUCACUGAAUGUUACUGUCUCAGCCUGAGUGCUUAAGUUUCUUCAUUCGGGGUUCGAGCAUAGCCUUUGAACCUUGGUGCUGAUCUCCCUGGUUUUUCCUAAAGUGUCGUCCUUGACAGAAUUUGAAGUGUGCUUAGCGAUUGCUUUAAAUAACCAAUUAUACGCUUCUUGGUUGUAUGUAUACACCUUGUCUUGUGCAGAUGUGUUGCAUUCCCUUCGUAGAUGAGUCAUACGUAAAUACUGAAUGGUGCGUUGUUCAUUCGACAUGACAAGAGCAAGGAUGCGCACUGAUGCUGUACACACAAUCAGCUCAUGCCUUUCAUUUGCAAGAAGUGUCACUUUAGUUAACCUUGUGAAAUGCAUGGUGCAUCAAAGAUAAUGAACCACUGACGUAUGAAUGUACUCAUAUAACUUCCCUGCUUUGGGAUAUUAAAUCCUGUGAAUCAAUUACAUAUAACUCCUUAGAGCCUUCGAUUUUUUAAAAUAGCAAAGCAGCAAAAGAAAUUCAUUGCAGUAUUUGUAAAAUAUUGCUUUAGUCAAAAUUUCUUGUGGCUUCUCCAUGGCACCACAAAAUAAAGGGGAGGGAGGUGAAGGCAUUGGUAAGAUUCAAAAAUAUGCACAAGCAUUUCAGUAGCGUGCUUCUUUUUUGUUAUAGCUUUCGUGAAGUAGCACAUAUGGUGGUACUUGGCACGAUGCUGUGAGGCAUUCAGCCAUCAAGCACAACUUGCAUGGUUUGAAAGGACCAUUUUGCACCAUGAAAAAGAAAGACAAACAACAGAAAACAUUGUGUAGGGAUCAGCUAAACUAAGUUUUAAACGAGGUGUGCAUGCUAAGAAAGCAAUAUGCAUUUCCUGAGAACCUUGUGCGACGCGUAGCUCCACCCAGAACCAGUGCCACUGCAUGGACGCUCGGAAUGACUUCACAAAUAAAGUGGAAAUAAACUUGUCUGCACAGCUCUCGUUUUAAACAAAAGAAGUCGGUAUAAACACGACUAUGCGAGCGUAGACACGUUGCUCCAAGGCCACAUCUGCAGUGUCGACUCUGUUGACAGCCACCGAUGACUAGAAGCCGGCAGGCCUAGUUGACUGGUUGGCUCUUGCGACACGACUGCAUGCAGCUCAUAAUAAAGCACCUAUGUUGGUCAGAACAAUGUGUUCAAAAUUAUGUCGCACUUAAAUUGCCAUACAUUGAUUUUAUCGAUGCCGAUGAAAGCGAACGAGCAAGCCAGGUGAGCUUGCGAUCGCUGAGAGACAGUAUAGGCCUAGCUCAUUGGCUGCCAGAUCUGUGGCCGACAGCCCAUGAAUUUCGAUCCGCAAACGAGCAAAGGCGCCCCCACAAAAUUUCUUGGGUUGUCUUUCACUUUAGGGGGGAGGGAGGCGGGCUUGCUUGGAAUUUCGCGGUAUGUUUGUUACAUGCUGAUGUCGGCAACUAACAUUCCAGCUUAACUUUUGUUGUGUUCGGUAAUUUGUUAUGUGCGAUAAUUUAUUACAUUCGUGUUCCUUAUAUUGAGGUUCGGUUUUUCUCUGGCGAAAUUGCACUUCAGGCUUUUUGGUCGAGCAGUGUAGUGAUUAGUUGUAUAUGUAAUGAACAAAGCAUAUUAUACAAGUAUUGGGCAGUCUGUUUUAUAGCUUAAAGAAAGUGAUGUUUAGACUUUUGACAAAGUAAAAUAAUCUACCUUGUAUUGCUUACUUCGUGUCAGAUAUGGGCUCUUUUAGCUGAAACUGCCAGUGUGUCAUGAAGUCUCAUCUUUCCUUUGACAGUUUGAAGCUAAUGUGUUAUGUGGUUUUUCCGUGUGUGCAAAUAUUUAGGAGCUAGAAGUCAUUUCAGUGAAUUGUAAGGAAAGUCAGUACUACCAAAAAAGCUGGUCAUUAGGUGUCAUUGCAAUGGACUAGCAAUUUGCAUUUGCAACACUUUUCUUGGGCAUGACUGAUUAAAAGCAGUCAUUAGUCAGUUACCCAUGUUAUAGUUAUGUUUUGUUAUUGGCAUAUAAAAGGGAAAUUGAGUAUUGGUUAGAAAAGCUUCCUUACUCAAUGUCUUUUGGAUUGGUAACCCCUGUUUAAUGUGCAUUUUCUAAAGUAUCAAGACUUUCUUGUGACCAUUAUUUGGACGUGCACGCAUGAAGAAGUGCCAUUUUCGAGAAGGCUGUUCUGAUUUGCGGGUGUUAUAUCUGGCAAAUCUUCAAGAGCAAGGCAAAAAUAAUUUUGUAUGCCUCUGCCUCAUAACUGCAGUCAUGCGAGGGACACCAUUCACAACAGCUACCCAUAGUUUUAUCUGCCACUAGCAAUGAAAUUUGCAGCUAACGACUUGCAGAAGUUGUCCGACUACUUAUGUGACUGCAUGUUUUUGCAAUCUGCAAUUUUGUGAAAUUAUGUGACAUGUCUCAUCGCAAGUACAUAAUUUUCAAGAUUGAUAGAUUUCAAGACUUUUGCUUAAUGUCGCUUAGAUCCCACUCCCAUCACUGUGCUUAUAAAGGAGGACAAGAGGGUAUUCUUUCUUCUGGCAUAAGCUGCAUUUGUGAGAAAGCAAUGAGAGCAAUUGAACCAAUUUAGCUUUGACAAAAUAAGUCUAUGCACAUUUAGUUUAACAAAAAUAAGUCUCAUCAAUUGCCUUAGCUUAGUAAGUUAGGCCACGUACCACAGUUUUGUAGCUGCAACACAGCAACAUCAUUUUUCAAGCUUAAUUGGUGGCAGUGCAGAAUAUGCAGGGGCUUGGCAUAAACCCAAAUCACCGACUAUAGUCAGGUGGAACAUGCUGUGUAAUAUGUUUAUACUUACCCAGGUUUCAUGUGCAUAGUGCAAAUUAGCAAGCCCAUUUCAUGAUCAAUGGCACAUUUAUUCACUGCAAAUCAUCACACAUUUAUAACAUGUAAGUCUGUACAAAAGAUUUAUGUAAAGAAGCACUAACAUUCAAUGGUUUGUUAAGCUUAAACAGGUAUGUCAUGGCAUGGCCUGUUCUAGUAUGCACACCUUGUGACAUCUAAGUUCAGCUGCGUCAUUUCUGGGUGCCUUUGAAACAAAACAUUAAUCCUAAACAUUUUAAGCUGCUGCUGUCUUUACUGGAAACUAAUGAAAAAAAACAAGACUGACUUAGUUCCGCACCUAAAAUGGGAGAGAUAUCUUUAAGGUCAUCAGCCCUGUAAAAGUAGUUGAGAAAUGUUCCGUUACAGCCGAUCUUCAUAUGUUGAGGUUUAUCAGCAUAUGAGUGUCUGGCCUUAUACCGAUAUGUACACACUUGAACAUGUACUUGAUACAUUGGUUCUGGCAGCUGUGUGAACCUAGUCCAGGCAGAAAACUAACUUCUGCUAGUCCAUGGGUAAGAACCUUGCAUAUAUGUGUAGUACUUUAUGGUCACCUAGUGCUGUUCAAAUGUCGGCUUUAUUUGCACGGUUCUGCACCUUACUAUCUUCGUGUGGUUUUUCUGCUGCAGUGGGCUUUAAUGCACUGUUCUGAACCACCAGUCUUUCAGUCGAUGCGUGUCAAAUGAAAAAAAAAAAAUUGUGCUCUCUUAGGAUGGCAUACAGGUCCAUUUACAUCUGAGGCAAGGGUGACGCUGUUGUCCUUUGCCUAUUCUUUGCUGCUGAGUUCGCCUACCUGAUGGUUAGGCAAGAACAAAUAGUCCUCUGUAGAAGGAACAACAUGUGCCGCUUGGCACGAGUAUCUCUGAACACUCCAGAUGCCGUAGACAGUUGCUGUGUGUCAAUUUUGGUGGGCGUAUACACUGGCAAAGAGAAUUGCGUAUCAAUGUUCGUGUAAAUAGUCGUGUAAGUAGUUGUAUGGUCAGUGUAAUAAAAGCAUGAAACAGAAACUGCC